AUGCCCGCCAAUGCCGCAGCGACCUCAGCACCCCCCGCCGUCACUGGCACCUCACCCCCGGCCUGGGUCGCCGCGCUGGACGCCGCGCUUUCCAAGCUCUUCCUGGGGCCGGCGGGCACCGUGACGCGGCUACACUACGACGCCGGUGGCGCGCACGGCUGGCUGGCGCAGGCCCGUGGGCGCAAGCUGUUCGUGCUGCUGCCGCCCUCGGCGGCGGCCGCGCUGCACAUGCUGGCGGGCGAGCCCGAGACGGCGCAGAGCCCCCCCAGCGUGACGCUGCAGCGCAACUUUUACCACGCCGGCAGCAACGUCAAGGCGCUGGUGGGCAUGGUGCUGAAGACCGCCGCGGGGCUCAAGGGCAAGGCCUCCCAAUGA